UCUCUCUCUCUCUCUCUCUCUCUCUCUCUGUGUCUCUUUCCCUCAAUCACUGUGUCUGUCUCCAGGAUUUUUCCCUUCCUACUUCAGGAGGCUGCUCCUGCAGGCUCCGUCCGCGUGUGUGAAGCAGAGGUUCCCCUGGAUCCCGUAAAUACAACCCUAUAUGGACUCUCACCCACCCACACAGAGUAACACCACCAGAGGCGCGCGCGCACACACACACUCACACACACUUGUGCAUUCUCCAGUCCAUCCCCACACGGGCAGACAGGGAGUGAGGGCUCGCCAGCCUCACACAGGCAGGCACAGCUCAGUGGCUCCAGGAUUUUGCUGCCCCUGUCUCGGGACUCCGAUCCGCAGCAGCCAGCCAGACCUGUGUGUGUCGCGGAGGGGUUGUUCGAACUGGGAAAGAAGAAGCGGGCGGGGGGCGGCCGCUGCUGCUCCUGACCGCUAGUGUGUGUGCGCACAUCUCCCCUUCGGCUUAUAAAAGUUUGCCUCAGCAAGCCGGGGGGCUCCUCGCUCCCCCUCUGCUGGGGGACCCCGUCUGCUCCUCACCCUGGAGGCACCUCGGCUCUGUUCGCAGCGGGUGAAGGUGGGACCGUUCCCCGGGAUUUAUUGAGCUGGAUUUGCAUUUUGCACCAUGUCUUCUUGGAUCGCGGCUCCGCUGGUGGCUUUAACCGGGCUGCUGCUGUCACUUUCGGCCGGGGCUGAUGUGAAGGCUCGGAGCUGCAGUGAGGUGCGGCAGGCGUAUAGUGCCAAAGGCUUCAGCCUGGUCAAUAUACCCUUUCAGGAAAUAGCAGGGGAACAUUUGAGAAUCUGUCCUCAGGAGUAUACAUGCUGCACCACAGAAAUGGAGGACAAGUUGAGCCAACAGAGCAAACUGGAGUUUGAAAACUUGGUGGAGGAAACAAGUCACUUUGUGCGCACCACCUUUGUGUCCAGGCACAAGAAGUUUGAUGAAUUUUUCCGAGAGCUUUUGGAGAACGCAGAAAAAUCCUUAAAUGAUAUGUUUGUACGAACAUAUGGAAUGCUGUACAUGCAGAAUUCAGAAGUGUUCCAGGACCUCUUCACAGAAUUGAAACGAUAUUAUACAGGAGGCAAUGUAAAUUUGGAGGAGAUGCUGAAUGAUUUUUGGGCUCGGCUAUUGGAGCGAAUGUUCCAGCUCAUAAACCCCCAAUAUCAUUUCACUGAGGACUAUCUGGAGUGUGUAAGCAAAUACACAGACCAGCUGAAACCAUUUGGAGAUGUACCCAGGAAACUGAAGAUUCAAGUGACUAGAGCUUUCAUUGCUGCACGGACCUUUGUUCAGGGGCUGACUGUAGGCAGAGAGGUUGCAAACAGAGUAUCCAAGGUCAGUCCAACCCCAGGGUGCAUCCGUGCACUAAUGAAGAUGUUAUACUGCCCUUACUGCAGAGGACUUCCCACUGUGAAACCUUGCAACAACUACUGCCUCAACGUAAUGAAGGGCUGCCUAGCAAAUCAGGCCGAUUUGGACACUGAGUGGAAUCUGUUCAUAGAUGCUAUGCUCUUGGUAGCAGAGAGAUUAGAGGGGCCAUUCAACAUUGAAUCAGUCAUGGAUCCUAUCGAUGUCAAGAUUUCUGAAGCCAUCAUGAACAUGCAAGAGAACAGUAUGCAGGUGUCAGCAAAGGUCUUUCAAGGAUGUGGCCAGCCUAAACCAGCACCUGCUUUAAGAUCUUCCCGCUCUGUUCCCGAGAACUUCAAUACCCGCUUUAGGCCAUACAAUCCUGAGGAGAGACCAACAACAGCUGCUGGUACAAGUUUGGAUAGACUGAGGACUAUCUGGAGGACAAUGCAACAUGGUGUAACAGACAUUAAAGAAAAACUGAAGCUUUCAAAAAAGUUCUGGUCAACUUUACCAUAUACUAUCUGCAAGGAUGAAAGAGUGACAGCUGGCAUGUCAAAUGAAGAGGACUGCUGGAAUGGCCAUACCAAAGCUAGAUACCUGCCUGAGAUUAUGAAUGAUGGGCUGACCAACCAGAUCAACAAUCCCGAAGUAGAUGUGGACAUCACAAGGCCCGACACCUUCAUACGGCAACAAAUCAUGGCCCUAAGAGUCAUGACUAACAAACUGAAGAAUGCAUACAAUGGAAAUGAUGUAAACUUCCAGGAUACAAGUGAUGAAACCAGUGGCUCAGGAAGCGGAAGUGGUUGCACUGAUGAUAUCUGUCCGACAGAGUUUGACUUCAUCACCACGGAAGCACCACCUGUUGACUCAGACAGGAGAGAAGUAGACUCUUCAGCAAUCCAGUCUAGCCAGUCACUGUUUACGUUGUUCAUCAUCUGCAUCGUCCUUGUACUGCAGAGACAGUGGAGAUAAUCCUGGUUCUGGUCAGAGAGACUGUGUUUUAGCUACAAAAACAGCCAACUUGCUCCUUUUCUUACACUCUUGGACUAUGGACCAUGCCACAAAUAUUUACAGAUUUCUAUGAGAAGAGAGCAGUAAUGCAGCCUGCUUCCCUUUUUGUUUUCCCAAAGAGUACCAGGUGCCAGACUGAACUGCUUCCUGUUUCUUUCAAGAUAUCUGUGAAGACAAUGUCCCGUUUCUCAGAUCUUUAUUAUUGGAGACUUUCUGAGCUGCAUUAUGCUGCAGAAGUAAAAAGGAUCUUACGGUGUGAGGGUUUCCUUAACAAGAAAAAAAAAGAGAAAGAAACAAAGAAAACAAAUUUCCUUCUAAAUCAGGCC